CAACAUGAAAACCUCUCAAUUUUGCAACAAAAAACAUAUUAACUUUAGAUUUAGAUUUCUUAUUGCAACCCUUUUCUCAUAUAUGGUUAAGGCUGGGAUUGCAAGGACAAGAAUACUUAUCCUUAGAUCUGCUCAUGCCUGCAUAGAAGCAAAGCGAAUUCGAAGCAGUUUUGGUGGCUUUCAGGCAACAAGAUAUAAUCACACUCACAAUUAUCAUCAUCCACAACAAGAUGAUGAUCACGACGAAUCAAGAAACGAGUUGAUCCAUGAAGGAAAAAUGGAUAGUUCGUCGUUAUCGUCGUCAUGUUGGGGACCUGAUCCUCGUACUGGAAUAUAUGUUCCGAAAGGACAUGAAAGAAUUAUGGAUGGUGUUCCAGAAAAUGCAGCUUCUUUUCAUCAGACUUUUUGGUUAAGGAAUGUUGAUGGUGUUGAUAGGCCAGACCCUGAUGUUCAUUCUUUCUGAUUAUUACUUGUCUUCUAAGUUAUUAUACUAAUUAGUGCUAUUGUCUUAAACUCUUAAUUAAAUUAUAUCAAGUACUUCUCAUGUUUCAUUAAAUGAAACAAGCAAUUUGUACUUUUUUUUAUUAAUGUGCAUGUAUUG